AUGAGCGCGGCGGGCAUGUUCGGGCCUAAUGGCGACCGAGAGCUCGAAAGUGCAGAGGACAGCAUCUCCAGCUUCGAUGUGAGGGAAGCAGAAAUCCUCAAGCUAGCCAGACGGUUCACGGAGCAGAGCCAUGGAUCGAGCGCGGCACAUAAUCCCUUCGCUGCGGAGCCUGGUUCUACCCUAGACCCAAACGGUGACCACUUCAAUGCCCGUGCAUGGUGCAAGGCCAUGCUCCGGAUGAGCACCGAAGAUGGCCAAGCACACCCACCCAGGACACUAGGGUUGGCCUUCAACAACCUGAAUCAACAACCUGAAUGUGCACGGAGCGUGGGCAACGUCUGGCUAGAAGCUGUCGGUCUGGCGAGGAGGCUCAUGGGUCAACGUCAGCGCAAGAUCGAUAUUCUGCAGAACUUGGAUGGAUUGGUGGAGGCUGGGGAAAUGCUUGUCGUCCUUGGACCACCUGGCUCAGGAUGCACGACCUUCUUGAAGACCAUCGCUGGAGAGACGUACGGCUUUUACGUCGACAAGGAUUCAGACCUCAAUUACCAAGGUGUGAGCGCAAAGCAAAUGGCCAACGCGUUCAGGGGAGAAGCUAUAUAUACCGCUGAGGUCGACGUUCAUUUCCCCAAGCUCACGGUUGGGGAUACCCUCUUCUUCGCUGCCGGGGCCCGAGCACCGCGACACCUUCCCGGGGGAGCAACAGUGACUCAAUACGCCACACAUAUGCGCGACGUUAUCAUGGCCAUGUUCGGUAUCUCUCACACCAAGAACACGAUCGUGGGAAACGAUUUCAUCCGCGGUGUAUCUGGUGGAGAACGCAAGCGCGUCAGUAUUGCCGAAGCCUGUCUGAGCAUGGCUCCACUGCAAUGUUGGGAUAACUCUACGCGUGGUCUCGACAGUGCCAAUGCCAUCGAAUUCUGCAAGACUCUUCGCAUGCAGACGGACAUCAAUGGCGUCACUGCCUGUGUUUCGCUUUAUCAGGCCCCUCAGGCUGCCUAUGAUCAAUUCGACAAGGUCCUAGUCCUGUACGAGGGUCGCCAGAUCUUCUUUGGUCGUACUGCUGCGGCUAAGAAGUAUUUUGUUGACAUGGGGUUUGUCUGCCCUGAUCGCCAAACAGAUGCCGAUUUCCUCACCUCCAUGACCAGCCCACUCGAACGUGUCGUACAGCCAGGCUGUGAAAGUCACGUUCCCCGAACGCCCGAUGAAUUCGCCGCGAGGUGGAAAGCCUCGACAGAGCGAGUGCGGCUUUUGCAAGAUAUAGAGAACUACAACGCCAAGUUCGCUCUCGGUGGAGAACACCUGGACAAGUUCAAGGAGUCCCGCAGAGCUCAGCAAGCUAGGAUCCAGCGUGUAUCAUCGCCCUACACACUCUCAUACGUCCAGCAAAUUGAAUUGUGUUUGUGGCGUGGAUACAAGCGAUUAAAGGGCGACCCCAGUGUCACAGUCUCUUUGUUGAUUGGAAAUUCAAUCAUGGCUCUCGUCAUCGCUAGUAUUUUUUACAACCUCCAACCGGACACCAACAGCUUCUUUCAACGCAGUGCCCUCUUAUUCUUCUCUGUUCUCAUGAAUGCUUUUGGUUCUGGUCUUGAAAUGCUCACGCUUUAUGCUCAGCGAGGGAUUAUAGAGAAACACUCUCGAUAUGCUCUCUACCACCCAUCUGCUGAAGCAUUCUCAUCAAUGCUGAUGGACUUGCCCUACAAGGUCCUCAAUGCGAUCAUGUACAACCUAGUUCUCUACUUCAUGACAAACUUAAGACGAGAACCUGGUGCUCUCUUCUUCUUUACGUUUACUUCCUUCAUCCUGACUCUCACCAUGUCCAUGUUAUUCCGGUCCAUUGCAUCACUGACAAGAACGCUUGUGCAAGCUCUGCCAUUUUCUGCGGUUAUGAUCCUGUCUCUGAGCAUGUACACUGGUUUCGCCAUCCCAAAACAGUACAUGUUAGGAUGGGCCCGCUGGAUAUCCCGGAUCAACCCCAUCAACUACGGCUUCGAGUCUCUGAUGAUUAAUGAGUUCCAUAAUCGAGAGUUCAAGUGCGUCAGCUACGUCCCGUCGGGUCCUGGCUACGCGGGUCUCGGCCCGAGCAACCAUGUCUGCUCCACAGUCGGGUCUGUAUCGGGACAGCCCCAUGUGAAUGGCGACAGCUACAUGGAGUCGGCUUAUGGUUAUAACCACUCGCACAAGUGGAGGAAUGCUGGGAUUAUAUUUGCCUUCAUGUUUAUCUUCAUGGUGAUCUACCUGGCCGCUACCGAGGUAAUCACCGAGAAAAAAUCGAAGGGCGAGAUUCUGGUCUUCCGUCGCGGACAUAAAGCCCUAAAGAAGGACAAGUCAGGAAAGGAUAUUGAAGGCGGUAGUGGCCGCAGCAUUGCUGUGGAGAACAAGUCCCCAUCAAAUAGCCUUGCCAUGAUCGAACGCCAGACUGCGAUUUUCCAGUGGAAAGAUGUCUGCUAUGAUAUCAGGAUUGGAAAAGACGAUCGCAGGAUUCUUGAUCGCGUUGAUGGGUGGGUAAAACCAGGUACCUUGACCGCGCUUAUGGGGGUCUCUGGUGCCGGGAAAACUACGUUGUUAGACGCCCUCGCCACUCGCACCACCAUGGGUGUUAUUUCGGGGAAAGUUCUUGUUGAUGGCAAGCCGCGGGAUGAGUCCUUUCAACGCAAGACCGGCUACGCUCAACAACAGGAUUUGCACCUGAGCACCUCCACAGUGCGCGAAGCCCUAACUUUCUCUGCCCUUCUACGCCAGCCUGCUCAUGUUCCUCGGCAAGAGAAGAUUGACUAUGUCACCGAAGUCAUCAAACUUCUAGAGAUGACGGAGUAUGCCGAUGCCAUCAUUGGGGUACCCGGUGAAGGCCUCAAUGUUGAGCAACGCAAACGUCUUACCAUCGGUGUGGAGCUUGCCGCAAAACCAGCUCUGCUGCUCUUCUUGGAUGAGCCUACCUCUGGGCUUGAUUCUCAGACAUCGUGGGCUAUCCUUGAUCUUCUCGACAAACUGAAGAAGAAUGGACAGGCUAUUCUGUGCACAAUUCAUCAACCUUCUGCCAUGUUGUUCCAACGCUUCGAUCGUCUCCUCUUUCUUCAGGCUGGUGGUCGCACAGUCUACUUUGGUGAAAUUGGUGAAAACUCGCACAUCCUGAUUGACUACUUUGUCCGCAAUGGUGGUCCUCCGUGUCCUCCGGACGCUAAUCCUGCCGAAUGGAUGCUUGAUGUAAUUGGCGCCGCUCCCGGAUCCCAUACCAACAUUGACUGGUUCGACACAUGGCGCAAAUCCCCCGAGUAUGCUCGCGUUCAAGACCAUCUCGCCGAAUUGAAACGCGAACGCUCUCAACAGACCGACCUUUCCCGCAUCAACUCGGGCAAGAACAACGAGGAUAACGCCAGCUACCGCGAGUUCGCCGCUCCCUUCUCCGAACAGCUCUGCGAAGUCCAGCUUCGUGUGUUCCAGCAGAUCUGGCGCUCUCCCACAUACAUUUAUUCGAAAGCCUUACUGUGUGUUAGCUCGGCUCUCUUUGUUGGCUUCUCUCUGUUCCGUACGCCAAAUACAAUGCAGGGGCUUCAGAACCAAAUGUUUUCUAUCUUUAUGUUGUUGACUCUGUUUGGUCAGCUCAUUCAGCAAAUCAUGCCGCAUUUCGUUACCCAGCGCAAUCUGUACGAGGCUCGCGAACGUCCAUCCAAAGCUUACUCUUGGAAAGCUUUCAUCAUAUCCAAUAUCGUUGCCGAACUUCCUUGGAACUCGCUCAUGUCUGUCCUAAUAUUCCUGUGCUGGUAUUACCCAGUAGGUCUGUACCGCAAUGCUGAGCCUACAGACGCUGUCGCCCUCCGCGGCGUGCAAAUGUGGCUCUUGAUCUGGACCUUCCUCCUCUUCUCGUCGAUCUUUGCACACUUCAUGAUUGCAGCAAUUGACGGUGCCGAAAAUGCUGGCAACAUGGGCAACUUGCUCUUCAUGCUCUGUCUACUCUUCUGCGGUGUCCUGGCCACACCCGACCAGUUUCCGGGCUUCUGGAUCUUCAUGUACCGGGUUUCACCAUUCACGUAUCUUGUCAGCGGUAUGCUCGCUGUUGGUAUCUCGAACACGAAAGUCUCCUGCGCGGCAAAUGAAUACCUGCACUUUGACCCGCUCAAUGGUACCUGCGGCGAGUACAUGGAAACGUACCAAUCCGCUAUGGGUGGUUAUAUUCGUGAUGAACUCGCGACCUCGGACUGCAGCUACUGCCCCAUUAGCGACACAAAUGUGUAUCUUGCUUCAGUCUCAUCUCAUUACUCGGACGUGUGGCGGAACUUUGGCAUCAUGUGGGUCUUCAUCGUCUUCAAUAUAUUUGCGGCUUGUGUGCUGUACUGGUGGGUGCGCGUCCUGAAGGCUAAGGGCCCCAAGAACAACGCCUGAGAUCACAUCUGAUAUUAUUGCACCCUUGGUUUCGUUAUUCAUGUUGUGAUUGGUGGGCGCAGGACUUUUAUCCACAAGUCUGUUUCUACAAGAUAUAUUUAGAGUAUCUCCUAGUUUCUCACGUUCUUUUACAUGCCGUGGCCUGAGCAUAAUUCGC